AUGAAGCUCGUUUAUCUAGGGAUUCUCCAAAAUGCUCAAGCUCCCGCCGUGGAGCUCUGCGCCGAGCGCGACCUCAGCAGCUACUCGCGCUUCACCAAAGGCAGCGUCAGCGAGUUCAUGACGAUGUUCAGUAAGACCGUCGCCGAACGGACGAAACAAGGACAGAGACAGGACAUUCAAGAACAAGAUUUCACAUUCCACGUCUACGCGCGAACCCAAGGCAUCGCCGGAGUCAUCAUUAGCGACAAUGAGUAUCCAUCCCUGGCUGCUCACCAGAUCCUUUCGAAGAUGCUCGACGAGUUCCUCUCCCUUAACCCGAACGCCGCCUCCUCCCGUGAUCCGGUGCCCUUCCCCUCCCUCAAGACCUACAUCCAGGCAUACCAGGACCCACACCAGGUGGAUAGCAUCCUUAAGAUUCAAAAGGAGCUGGACGAGACCAAGAUCGUUCUUCACAAGACCAUCGAGAGCGUUCUCGAGCGGGGAGAAAAGAUUGACGAUCUGGUGUCCAAGUCGGAGGGACUUAGUGCCCAGUCGAAGAUGUUCUACACCUCUGCGAAGAAGCAGAACUCGUGCUGUGUGAUCAUGUGA